UAUGUAUGUCUUUAUUGGUCAUUAAGAUUAAAGAUACGUAUUCUAAAAUAUUACUUAGUCUCUUUAGUAUCUCUUUCUGUCUUUGUAUUUGACGAAAAAGAUAAACAAAUUUUAGUGAAGGAAAAUUAAUGUUUCAAAAAACUUAACUCAAAGUAGACAGUCGAGUUGAUUGCGAGUUUACAGCUAAAAGCCAAUUUAUUAUCUUUCGCAAAAUAAAUUCAAAUCUGCAUCGUUCACCUUGGCGUCAUUUCUGCUGACAUUUCGCUGUUGUUCGUGAAGCAUGAUAAAGAGGUUUUAAAACAUGAUUGGGUUUGUUUUGUUACUUUUGGGCUGGCUAGGCCUAAGCCCAGUACCAUUUCUUGCCCAUAUAAUUGGAACUACUGAGCCAGCUUUAAAGCUCCUAAUAUCAAUUUUACUGGGUUACCCUUUAGGAAUUAUAUACAAUGCAAAGAUAAAAGAACAUAAACCACUGAGGCAUUUUUACUUUGCGUUGAUGGGGGUUGAUCUUGCAAUUUACAAUUUCGGAUGGUCAUUUAUCCAUAAUGCUAUACCUGCACUUGUUAUAUAUCUUACUACAUUGUUGUUUGGCCCAGGGAAAUGGAAUGCAAUUAUAACAUUUGUAUUUAACAUGACAUAUCUUUUAGUUGGAUAUGUUAUGACAGAGUCUGAGGAUUAUGAUAUAACAUGGACAAUGCCCCAUUGUGUCCUGACCCUAAAAUUGAUUGCACUUUCGUUUGAUAUUUGGGAUGGCCAAAAAUUAAAACAGGGAAAAGAAUUAUCAAGUAACAAUAAAAUAACUGCUUUGGAGAGGGCACCAACACUCUUAGAGCUUUUUGGAUUUGUUUAUUUUCCUGCUUGUUUCCUUGUUGGGCCUAUAUUUUCAUUCAAGCGAUACAUUGAUUUUGUUUCUGACAAAUAUCCUCUUGAAAGUGAAUCUAAAAGUCUCAAAAAACAUGCACUGCAAAGGCUUCUUCUAGGUCUUGCUUAUUUAAUAGCAUUUCAAGUAGGAGUGUCUGUCUUCAAUAUUAAAUAUAUGAUGUCUGAUGAGUUCUGGGAAACAUCUAUUCUUUACCGACAUUUUUACUGUGGCUUAUGGGCUCAUUUUGCUCUAUACAAGUAUAUUUCUUGCUGGCUACUUACAGAAGCCUCAUGCAUUCGUUUUGGAUUGUCGUACAAUGGAAAUGAGGUAACAAAAGAAGGUAUGGUUGCCAAGUGGGAUGGUUGUAAUAACAUCAAGCUGAUGCUAUUCGAAGGAGCAACUAAAUUCCAACAUUAUAUAGACAGUUUCAAUUGUAAUACAAACUUCUUUGCAGCUGAAUAUAUCUACAAAAGGCUUAAGUUUUUGAAUAACCGUCACUUAAGCCAGUUUUUCACACUCUUAUUUUUAGCUCUGUGGCAUGGACUACGUUCUGGUUAUUACAUGACAUUCUUCAAUGAAUUCAUCAUUAUAUUUAUGGAAAAAGAAAUGGAAAGUAUUAUUUCAAAAACCACCUUAUAUGAAAAGGUCUGGAAUUCAUAUUUGAAGUAUGUUAUGUAUGUGUUCCUAAAAGCUUAUACUAUCGUUUUUAUGGGUUGGAGUUUGGCUCCGUUUGAUCUCAAAAUAUUUUCGAAGUGGUGGCAAGUAUACUACAGCUUAUUUUUCUCAGGUUUCUUUAUUUUCUUGCCUUGGCCAUUUUUAUACAAACGACUUCUUAAAAUGGCGGUUAAAAAAUACUUUAAGCCCAAACUUGAUGAAAAGCCAAAAAGUUCUUAACAGUAUAAAAUAAAAUUGUAGAUAAAAAAUAAAGCACAUAGUAAAUAAUAAUAUUAUGAAUAAAUUAAUGCAUGCCUUUUAGUCAUAAUAGAUAUUGAUUAUUAUUAAGUAGACUGAUCAUUUAUUAUAGUACUGAUGCAUGAUAUGGUUAUAAUAAAAUAUUGCUUAUUAUUCUUGUCGAGCCGAGCUCCAUAAAAUCAUAAGCUUUUUAUAUAUAUAUUAUUGUGGAGUAGCCUGUUGAAGUUAUCUAUGUAAAUUUUUUGAAGAAAAAACAACAUAUGAAUAGAAAUUCAAAUGUCAACAUUAAUCGCGUCGCUAAAGAAAUAAUUAUUAGCCACUAAAAGGCAGUAAGGGCAGUAAAUUUAUAAGUUAGAGGAUUAACGCUAUUUAAGGAAAGAUAUGAUUUUAGAAGUUAUGUACUAAACUUUUUUAAUUAUAUUGUACAACGUCAUGUGAACAGUCAUGUUUCAGUGCUUUAGUACUUGUACUUAAGUAAAUGUAAAUGAACCCAGAACAAAUUGUGUUACUAUUUUAUUUAUUUAUUUUCUCUUCAGACUUUCAUUGACGUGACAGUUUAAGCUAAACUUUAUUGUUCUUAAGAUGAAAAAUCUUAGGAUAAGAUUUGGAGCUGAGUUAUAACGCUUAGCAUGACUUCCGCGUGUCAAAUCCAACACAGUUUUGUAAUUUACUUAUGUGAACUUUUGACUAACCUUUGACUAAACCCACUUAACUUUCUUCACUUUUUUGUCAGACAACUGAAUACAAUAUUUGGAAUGUUUUAUGUGAUGUACUAAAUCGAAGGAGUAUAACAAAUAUCUUUAAAACCUAUGCUACAAAUUGCUUUUACUCCUGUCUAUAUUUCUUGAAUAAACUUAAAGUCAGCACUAAUCUAUUGUAGUAAUCACUAAUUUACAUUUGAUUUGACAAGAUAUAUUUGUUGCUUUAAAUUUUAUCAAUGGCCGGUUUGCUCAAUUUGAAUAAUUAGUGUUAAAUGUACAUCAGUUUAUUGUGAGCCUUACUGCACUUUGUUAUUCUAAUUUUAAUUGAAAUGUAUAUAAUUUAUGAAAAUUUAGUUACAAUGUCAAGAGAAUAUGAUUUUAUACAUGCAUUUUUAAUAGUUGUGUUAGAAAUAAAGAGCUAUUCUAAUAA